AGUCAGGCAGUCAUUGCUUGCAAGGCAACACAUUUCCACUGUGCAAGUUUCCCCGUGAAGUUCUUGCUCCGGAUUACUUCAGUGAUAGAAAAAAAUGCAUUAUUCCAAACCUUAACUUUGUGCAGACGUUUGAGACAUUUCAGCUCAAGUUUAGGUGCUUGACCCGGGACAAUGGAGACUAGUUGCAGCUCAGCUACCUUCUUAACAUUGCUGCUGUCCUCCUGCCUGAUCUCGGUGUCUGGUCAGCAUAACGGAGAUCAUGGGAUAGCCGUUCCAGAGCACGGAUUCUGUCAGCCGAUCACUAUUCCGCUUUGCACAGACAUCGCGUACAACCAAACCAUCAUGCCGAACCUGGUCGGACAUUACAACCAAGAUGACGCCGGCUUAGAGGUCCACCAGUUUUAUCCGCUCGUCAAGGUACAGUGUUCUCCAGAGCUCAAGUUUUUCCUCUGUUCUAUGUAUGCACCUGUCUGCACCGUUUUGGAAAAAGCCAUUCCUCCUUGCCGGUCUAUUUGUGAAAGUGCUAAGCAUGGCUGCGAAGCCCUCAUGAACAAGUUCGGGUUUCAGUGGCCGGAGCGGCUGAGGUGUGAGAACUUCCCAGUGUUAGGAGAUGGUCAAAUAUGUGUGGGGCAGAAUGAAUCAGCGGCCACCGUGGCACCCACACACGUGCCCCCAGCAGGCACUCCUGGUGUCCAUUUAUAUUCCCCGCCUGAUAAGCCUUUCCGCUGCCCACCGAAACUCAAAGUCCCGUCCUACCUUAAUUACAAGUUCCUCGGGGAGAUGGACUGUGGUGCUCCAUGCGAGUCAUCCAGGACUCACGGAGCCUACAUGUUUUUUACGGACCAGGAGAUUGAAUUUGCCCGUGUUUGGAUUCUAGUCUGGUCUUGCCUGUGCUGUGCAUCUACGCUGUUUACCGUGACUACAUAUUUAGUAGACAUGCAGCGUUUUAAGUAUCCCGAGCGCCCAAUCAUCUUCCUGUCCGGGUGCUACACCAUGGUGUCCAUUGCAUACAUUACUGGUUAUUUCCUAGGAGACAAAGUGGCAUGCAACGGGAGUUUUGAAGGCAGCUAUAAAACAAUAGUCCAAGGCACAAAAAGGGAGGGCUGCACCAUCCUCUUUAUGAUGCUCUAUUUCUUCAGCAUGGCAUCCUCUAUAUGGUGGGUUGUGCUGUCCUUGACCUGGUUCCUUGCCGCAGGGAUGAAGUGGGGACACGAGGCCAUCGAGGCCAACUCGCAGUACUUCCACCUGGCGGCGUGGGCCGUGCCAGCGGCGAAAACCAUCAGCAUCCUGGCGAUGGGGCAGAUUGAUGGCGAUGUUCUUAGCGGCAUUUGCUUCGUAGGCAUAAGCAAUAUCGAACCUCUGCGUGGAUUCGUCCUUGCACCGUUAUUCAUCUACCUCUUCAUCGGGACGUCCUUCCUGCUGGCAGGUUUCGUCUCUCUGUUCCGCAUCCGUACCAUCAUGAAGCAUGACGGAACAAAGACGGAAAAGCUGGAACGCCUCAUGGUGCGCAUUGGCGUCUUUUCUGUGCUCUACACGGUGCCGGCUACUAUUGUCAUUGCUUGCUUCUUCUAUGAGCAGGCCUUCCGCGAGCACUGGGAGCGCAGCUGGAUCAGCACACAAUGCAAGACUCUGGCUAUUCCGUGUCCCAUGCAGCCUGUGCCACGCAUGAGCCCCGACUUCACUGUCUACAUGAUCAAAUACCUCAUGACCCUCAUCGUGGGCAUCACCUCUGGCUUCUGGAUCUGGUCUGGAAAGACACUGCACUCGUGGAGGAAGUUUUACACGCGCUUGACCACCGGACAAAAUGGAGAGACCACAGUGUAGAAAAUGGGACACAUGAGGACACAGCAAGGAAAUUUUACUUUUUUUUUUGGAGACCGAAUGCAUUUUGUAUUUACAAACACAAAUCUGUGCUUAUCCUCAGUAUUGGUUAUUGACAUUUGCUGAAUAUCAUAUGCCAUUUAUUGGACAUUUGGGGAAUGUUUAGGAGUGUUUUUUUUUUUUUAUUGCUGUUUUGUUUUGUAUUUCGUCUUGCAAAUGGACAAGAAACACCAAAUGAAAGAAAAAAAAAGUGUGUUUCCAUGCCACGUGCUGAGACACUCCUUAAAUAGUCCUCAAUGAUCUUUCCUCUCCUCACUCUUCCUCCUCAACUCCUACAGCAAGAUCAAGAUGCAAGCUGGGAAUCCGGCGAGCGGUAGACGAGGGGUGGUGAGCCGUGGGGGAAGGAGGAGGAAGGGCAGGAUGGGGGGUGCCUUUUAGACAUUGGAAUUUUUUCCCUUAGUAAACUGUGUUUAUGAUGUGCACUGUAAAUAAUAUUUGUACAAAAUAUAUAUAUAUAUGAAUAUAAUUAUAUAUUUGUAUUUAAACA